CUAAAAGGAUGAAGUGGUCGGCUAAACAUACAUAUAUGGGUAUUGGACCCAAAUUCGUUUAAGGGACACAUUUUGGGCUUAUUUGUUCCAUUGGGCCAGGCAAAAUAAAUUGGGAAUGUAGAAUACACAACACUGGCCCAAUACAAGAUAUAUACAAAUUGCUUACAUCACACAUACUGACAUCACUGUGGUCUACGUGUAUAUUCUCUUUGUACAUAUUUACAAUUUGUUACGAACACAACAAAUAGAAUAGUGACAAGUGUAUAGUUUGUUAGCUUUCAUUUUCAUUUCAUUUGCUAUAUAUAGGAACAUUGUACAACAUUGUUUUUCAUCAAGGAAUACACAGAAUAUUCUCUCAUCUUCUUCCUUUCAUAAAGAAAUCAGUUUUUGCAUAAAAAUUUGAUCUUGAGGUGUUUUGUAGUUGACCCAUCUUCAGUUUGAAUUGUUUCUAGUGUUAAAUUCGAUGAACAAGCAUGGAUUGAUAUAUAUGAAGAAAUCGUUUUUAUGUGUAAAGAUUGGAUUUUGAGGUGUUUGGUUGUUGAUCCAUUUGCAGUUUGAAUUGAUUCUGGCAUUAAAUUUGAUGAACACGUAUCAAUUGUUAUGUAUAAAGAAAUCGUUUUUAUGCUUAAAGAUUCAAUUUUUAGGUGUUUGGUAGUUGACCCAUCUUCAGUUUGAAUUGUUUCUAGUGUUAAAUUCGAUGAACAAGUAUGAACUGAUAUAUAUGAAGAAAUACUUUUUAUGUGUAAAAAUUUGUUUUUGAGAUGUUUUGUAGUUGACCUGUUUGCAGUUUGAAUUGAUUCUGGCAUUAAAUUUGAUGACAAGUAUGAACUGAUAUAUAUAUAUAUAUAUUUUUUUUUUUAUGCGUAAAGAUUCGAGUUUUGACCCAUCUUCAGUUUGAAUUGAUUCUUCGGUCCGAGAAUGGAGGAGGGUGGUCCGAGUCAAAGUGGAGAAGAACCCACAUCUUGGGAUGAGCUUUACAAUGUCAAUCUGAUGCCUUCGGAGAUUUGUGUCAAGUUCAGAAAAGAAAUUGAGGGCUAUCGAGUUGGGGUUAACUUGGAGUUUUAUAAUGGCCCAUUCAAUGAGUACCUGGCUAAGCUGGUUUUAAAGCCUUUAUCACCGGAUCGGAGAUGGAAGUUCAUAUAUGAGCCUUUGCGCCAUGAAGUGCGCCUUCUUUCCAAGAAGAUCCCAGUGACAAAAUUUCUGAAUCUUCAGGUUGGCGUAGGCCAUAGCUUUCAGUUGCAUGCAACUGGUUGGAAAUGGAAGCUCACUACUUGUUUUGGAGGAGAUGGUCUCUCCAGCAUCCGGAAUAAAACAUCACUUGGAUUAUGUCCUGGUGUGGAUUUUCGUUUUGGAUGGAAAGCAGAUUACGUUUUUCCAGAAGUUACUGGGCCAGUUACUUUAUCCUCAUUUGCCCCACUUUGUAGAGAAUCACUCGGCUUCUUACCCUCGUAACAGUAUACUCUUUCUGUUUUAAUUUAUGUGUCAUAGUUUGACUGGAUACGAAGUUUAAGAAUGUAAAGAAGAUUUCUAAGUCUUGUAGUCUUAAAUAGGAGUGUCAAAUGGGCGAGUUGGGCUGAAUUUGGGUGGGUCAAAACGAGCUGACUAAAAGUUACUUGGGCUAAAAAUUGGGUCAUAACCCAAUCCGCCCAAUUCUCAUUAAGUUUCAAUUUUUUUUAUUUGAUUUUUUAUAAUUUUUUAUGUAUGUAAGAAAACAUAUAUUUUUCUUUAUUAUGCCUAUAAAUAACGUAUCAAACAAAAAAGGGGGCUAAGCUAAUAAAUAACCCAUCCAAACUUGUUCGGGUUGGGCGAGUCAUGUUUUCAUGGACUAAAUUAAAGAUAUGUAUAAUCUACUAAAGUGUCCUUUAAUCUUGUAGUUUUAAACAUAUGCCAUGUGGGAUGUAAAAUGUUAGAAUUAAAGAGUUGUCAAAUUAGGAAAGAUGCAUUCUUUGAAACAGACUAAAAAGGAAAGUAAGACAAACAAAUUGAAACGGAGGGAGUAGUACUUUAAGAAUCAAAACGGACUGAAACUUGGUGUUGCUUUUACCUAAUAUGAAUUUUGGACUCCAUUUUCAGGGCUUUAGGCACUGGUGAACCAUUGUUCAAUAUGAAUUCUGGACGAUUACAAGCGUCACUGGAUAGAGUGGAGGCCAUCUUUUCCCAAUAAGCACAUUCAGUACUUGGUAUUGUCCCUGCUUAUAUCUUCAAAACCUGUUGAGUUUGGUGGUCGCUCAAUCUCCCUUGUGAAAGCAUGAAUCACCCAGAGAUCUCAUUUAUGGAGUUUGAGAGACCUCAAGGACUAAUCAUUGUCAGCUAAGUUGGUAGUUAUUUUCUGUCUUAAUUUUGUUUCUGUCGUGCUAUGUUACUUUUUUUUUUUUGAUAACCUUCUGUCAGUGUUAUGUUACCUUUUUUUUUUUUUUUUUUUUUUUGAUAACCUUUAUGUUCCUCUGCUUGUAAGCUAACACUUUUCUGAUAUAACUUCUUGCUUGUGCUUCUGAGGGAAGGGAGCUAAACACCACUGUGUUCUGGAUUUUGACACACUGUUGAAUGUUCUGUUAAGAGCUGGCUAGGCGAAAGCUCUCUUAAUUGUCUCCUUUCUACAGUAUUGAUCCUUUAAUUGUUUGGCUUGACUUGGUUGAUUGUCUCAUUUCAAACAUAAAUCACUUCCAUUAUUACCGAACCUCUGUGAAGAUCGGCAAGACCGUUCUGGAAAUUGUAAGAGGACUUACUCCCACUUUUGAAGACCUUCAGGAGACAAGUUUUUCCAACUUUAUGUGGUGUACUAGAUAAUGGCCCUAAAAACUAGUUAAAAGUAGUAGUAGUAGUAGUAGAGCACUUUUUUUUUAAUAGCAUUGAGUGCAUAAUUUGAACUUAAUUGGUUGAGUCUUCAAAAUUGAUCCACACGAUACCUUAUCUCACCAAGGAGUUUUGAUUGAGCAUGCAGGGAAGAAGUAGAGAGCUCGUAAAAUGGAGAUAUGAUCGAUCACAGUGGGCUGUACAGCCAAGAUUGUACAUCAUAAUGGGUGAUUUUUGAGAGCUAUGUCUUGUAAAAUGAUUGGAAGCUUGAUUUAUCUCGAGUUCUAUACUGUAAAUUAGUAUUACUCUACCUUUGCUUAAUUUUUUUGAUGUAGCAUAGGUGGAUGCUAUCAUCGGGCUCUAUCUUGGAAACACAUUGAAUGUAAAAUAAAUGUAGAAGAAAUCUUAAUUAAAACAAUGGCAAUUCCUUAAAUUGUGGAUGAUUGUCAAUUCACGAGCAUAUGAGGAUGUAAUUUUGUUUGGUUUGUCGACUUUAUGAUCUUCGUCCGAUUAUAAUACAAUUGGUUUAUCUUGUGUUUGAUUUAUAGGACAUGUUAUUGUUGAUAUUGACCAAUAAAUUAUCGAGCUCCUAGAAAAUGUUGAAGUAAAGAGUGAAGGAGAGUUGGCUGUCCAGCUGUGCAGGAGUACCAAAGGAAGGAGGCAGAAGCGGAACCGAGAUUUUUAGUUUAUGGAUUCUGGAUCAUAUAUUUUUUUUUUUUUUUUGCGCUUAUUGGGUCCUGCUUGUCAUUUGUCAAUUGUACCGUCGAACCUUUACGCCCCUGUUGGUUUAAAAAGAAAAAAGUUGGA